AUGUCCGCACAAAAGACCAUAAAGAACCUCAUAACGUAUGCCGAGCUCGAAGAUCUCUUCAAAAACAAGUCACUGGAGAUCUUUCCCUCUGCCUUCCAGCAGCAGCAGACCCUCAUCACGGUAGUGCUUGUUCUUCUAUCAUUUGUGUCGCUCUCAUUGGCAUUUCUCAAUAGAUCGUCCCCAGUCAAGUACUUCAGCAGCGCGGCCGUGGCGUCCUUGUCCAUUGGCUUGGGCUCCAUUUACGUUGCCAACUUCUUUGGCGUAUAUAUCUGA